AUGAUCCUGCAGGCGGCAACCCACAUGCAAUCAGCGGGCCACGACUUCUCCAUGGACGGACCCAUGAGUGCUCCCAUGAGCCAUCACAUGCAAUACCAGCAGCACCACUCAAUAGCGAGGCACCCCCUGCCUGCCGAACAGUACAACGCGGGCGCGAGCUUCGCCGAAGGCGACAGCCAGAUGCUCGAUCGCGAGGAAAACGAGGACGGCGACUCCAUGAACGGAGCUGCUGGCACCAUGAAGGCAGGCACCAGAUCUAGCGCAAACAACGAACUGGAAAUGCGGCAUCUUUUCAAUGCAAACCGCCAUCGCAACCUGCAAGAGGUGGCACGCGAGCUACAUGGAAAUGAGCGGGGCCCUAAUUCAGAACGCACCCGCCAGGUUUUCGCCAUGUUAUGGAUCAAUUCAGUCUGCUCCAAGGGAAAAGGCUCUGUCCCUCGCGGCCGGGUCUAUGCCAACUACGCUUCGCGAUGUGCUACUGAGAGGAUCACGGUAUUGAACCCAGCCAGCUUUGGAAAGCUAGUAAGAGUUCUUUUCCCUGGCCUCAAGACCCGUCGUCUUGGCGUUCGAGGCGAAUCAAAAUAUCACUACGUCAAUUUCUCUCUCGUCGAGGAUCAGCCAGAAGUGCAGGAACCUCAACCGCAACCGCCGCGAGCAGUCUCAGAAACCAAGGGCCUUCCUCAAACUUUUAGCGCCCCAACACAGCAGGGAAACAGCGUCACCAGUGAGGCUUUGCCUUCACCUCAAAGAGCCACCCAGCCCCAAAUCCAAAUACCGCCUACCAGAUCCUCGAGCAGAUCUCAUAGCGUUUACAACCAACCAGACCUUAGCAACUUUGACAAUGUCAACUCUACAUCUAAUAAGACGUACCUGGAGCUAGCAUUCCCGCCUUUGGACGAAACCGCUUUUGAGCAAUCUGAACCAAUUGCUUUGCCUCCGAUCGAAUCCUAUCUCCCUCAUGGAACUGACCCUGACGCGGCCAAAUCAUUAUCUGCAUUAUAUCGAUCACACUGCACGUCCUUGGUGGAGUGUAUCCGAUACUGCAGAGAAAAGACGUUUUUCCACCUCUACACAUCCUUCCAGGGCACACUCACUAUGCCAGUCCAAAAGCUCUUUAGUAACCCUGCUCUGGCUCCAUGGAUUGAAGGGUGCGACAUUGCCUUGUAUCAACGAAUGAUGCGGAUUGUCUCUGGCUUGACGCUUCAAGUCGUUCCCAAGCCCGUUCUUGAUACCCUUCGCAGCAUUUCCGAGAGGCUGGUUCCUCACAUUCGAGACUCGUUCCAGGGCCAACCCCAGCAUGUUAUUGCGGCUAAAGAGUCACCAGCAGCCAUUUUUGCAGGUCUGUUGGACCGUGCACUGCGAGUCAACCUGACUGCGCAUGCCGCCGCCAACAUGCUCUCGAACCCAGCCAAUCGUGAUCAAAUGUAUAUUGACUGGAUCACCAUGAUUCGCGCCCGCAAGAUUGCUGAAUGCGUACCAACGCGUGGAAUGGACGACGUAGUAAACCUGCUUGUGACAGAGAUUAGAGACUUGCUUGACCCAGCAAAUGUCCCCUGGGAGGUGGAAUGUCUGACGAUUUAUGGAGAUGUAGCCUCCCGCAGCGGUCGGCAGCCGGAUAGUGAUGGCGGCAGUGACACGUCAGGCCAGAACGUCCUAGACAGAUGGGUCAAUUUCCUCCAGGGCCUGCCCGAGAAAUUCCCUUACGCAUCUCAUGCAGAUAUUGUGUGGUGCGUUGAAAGAGUUGGAACCGCCGUCAUGAGAGAUCUCACACUGGCACAGGGUAAGAGCUUUGGGUCUUGGUGGGUGACAAAGACGUGGGUGGAUGAAAUGACCUGCUUUUUGGCCGAGCAAGGUGGAUUCCUGAAGCAGGGCGCUAAGACACCCAUAUCACCAGAGGAGCCUCAAUCUCAGGCAUCCAGCAAGCCCGCGAGCAAGCAAGCCUCUCGGUACAGCAGCGGGAGUGACGACACCAAUCUGGCCCACAUAUCACACACUCAGCCCGGGCGGGCACCAUUUCCCCCACCGAGCAACACAAACCCAGCUCCGAUGGCUACCGAUUCCCAUGAUGAUAGUGGCAUAGGCAUUCGAACCCCCGAGGAAGAUUUUCCCAUGGAUAAGUUCACCUUUGCAGGGACAGAAAACCAAGGGCUGGAGCUGGCCACAGGCGCUGGUUUAUAG